AUGACCCUCGACAACGACGAGCUGCCAAAGACGUUUGUGCUGAAUAACGGGGUACAGAUCCCGACUGUCGGCCUGGGCACAUGGCAAGCCCCGCUCAACGCAACCCGCGACGCCGUGUCCUUUGCCCUCCAACAAGGAUACCGCCACUUGGACUGCGCAUACAUCUACCUCAACGAGCGGGAAGUCGGCGAGGGGAUCCGCGCGUCUGGUGUUCCCCGCUCCGAGGUGUUCGUGACGAGCAAGGUGUGGAAUCUGUUCCAGGACGACGUGGCGGGCAACUUGGAGAAGACGCUGGAUAACCUCGGGCUCGACUAUGUCGACUUGUAUAACACCUCGCUGACGCUCGGUGUGCUACAGCUCGUCCACUGGCCCAUCAAGUUCCUCCCCGCCGACGCAGGCGCGCCGAACCCUCUGCGCCCGCUCAACCCAGACGGGACGUACAAGGUCGACCGGACAUGGGACCAGGGCGUCACCUGGGCGGGCAUGGAGGCGGUGUACGCGGCCGGCAAGGCGCGCGCGAUCGGCGUGUGUAACUGGUCCAUCCCGUACCUCGAGGCGCUCGCGAAGAGCUGGAAGGUCGUGCCGGCAGUCAACCAGGUCGAGAACCACCCUUUCCUGCCACAGCAUGCCUUGAAGGCCUGGUGCGACGCGCGCGGGAUCUUGCUGGAAGCGUAUUCCCCGCUCGGAGGGCCCGGCGCGCCGGUGCUCCAAGACGAAGACAUCGUCGCUGUUGCGAAGCGCAACGGCGUGACCCCCGCCACCGUGCUCAUCUCGUACCAGGUCAACCGCGGGAUCGUGCCCCUGCCCAAGAGCGUCAGCCACGAGCGCCUGGUGCAGAACUUGCGCGUGGUGAGGUUGAGCGCCGAGGAUAUGGCGCUGCUUGAUGGGUUGGCGGCAAAAGGCAAGGCGCAGCGGUUGAACAAGCCGCCGUUUUGCUGGGACCUUGGGUUCGAUGAUUGGGACUAG